CGUCCUGCGUUUGGCUCUUAGCUGGUAGACGGAGGAGGGCUGUGUUCUCCAUCCAAGGGAAAUUGGUCUCCUGUGAAGGGAGAAGGGUGCCCCCGUUCCCGCCAGGCUGGGGGUGUCACAGUGACUUUUUUCACAGGUAAUGUUGCUUCACAGUUGCCCUGCAGCAUCUCUGCCAGGACGAAAGCUGAGCAAAGCUGUUUUCAGGUAGCUGGGACUGGACCGCAGAUGUGACCUGGGGUUUUGAUGGAGAAGCAGCCGCAGGUGCAGUUAAAGGAUGUGGCUGCUGCUCUCUGCCCUGGGCAAGUGGCCUGAUGGUGGAGCUCGUGCUCUGUAAGUCAACUUCUGCCGCUCAGCUCUGUGGUGUUCAGGUUCAGUUACACCAGGAACAUGGAAACUUACUGUAAGAUUUAUUGCAGCGCCUAAGAAAUUGUACAGAUUGUCUACAGCAUUUUGUUGAUGAAAAAAGGAAGUCAAAGCUGCUGACCAGCCACUGAGUUCAGCAGAAAAAUGUUUGUAUUGUACAGGUUAAAACCUAACACCUUGGAGCUUGGAAGGCAUUGAUGGACUGACCGCUGCCCAGUCUCUGGGCCUUGCACAGGGUGUGUUCUUUGCCUCUCUAGUGCUUCUUGCCCGUGUGCUGAGCCAUCUGCAGCACUGCAGGUGCUUUGGACUUGUCAGUGGCAGGAAUGGUCUUGUGGGCACAACCCUCUGUUAUCAACCCUUCAGCAAUUGCAGAAUUGUGAUGGUUGGAAGGGACUUCUGGAGAUCACCUUGUCCAAGGCCCCUGCCAAGGCAGGGUCACGCAGAGCAGGUGACACAGGAACAUGUCCAGUUGUCGGUGCCCGAGCCAUGGCCACACUUAUUCCCAAGUUCCUGAACAGCCCACCCUGGGGAAUACAGACUAUGCCUUUGAGAUGGCCAUUUCAAACAUCCGCUAUGGAGAAGGAGUUACCAGAGAGAUUGGCAUGGACCUGCAGAAUCUUGGUGCUAGAAGAGUUUGUUUGAUGACAGAUAAAAACCUCUCCAAACUCCCUCCUGUAAAUGCAGUAUUGAAUUCCUUGGCAAAAUAUGGUAUAAACUUUCAAAUAUACGAUAAUGUCCGUGUGGAGCCAACAGACCAAAGUUUCCUGGAUGCCAUUCAAUUUGCUAAAAAGGGAGAGUUUGAUGCCUAUGUUGCUGUUGGAGGUGGCUCUGUGAUAGACACCUGCAAAGCUGCCAACCUGUACGCAGCCAGCCCUUCCUCAGAAUUCCUGGAUUAUGUCAAUGCUCCUAUUGGGAAAGGGAAGCCGGUCACUGUGCCCCUCAAGCCACUCAUUGCAGUUCCUACAACAUCUGGCACUGGAAGUGAAACCACUGGUGUUGCCAUUUUUGACUUCAAAGAACUAAAAGUUAAAACCGGUAUUGCUUCAAGAGCCAUUAAGCCCACAUUAGGCAUCAUUGAUCCUUUACACACACUGUCUAUGCCUGAACGAAUAGUGGCCAACAGUGGCUUUGAUGUGCUUUGCCAUGCCCUGGAAUCAUACACGGCUCUCCCUUACCACCAGCGCGGUCCCUGCCCCUCCAAUCCCCUGCACCGCCCGGCCUACCAAGGCAGCAACCCCGUCAGCGACGUCUGGGCUCUGCACGCUCUGCGCGUUGUGGCCAAGUACCUGAAAAGAUUUUUUUGUGUAUCUGUCCAUAAAGAAGCCCUCUCUCCCUUCUCCCUGCUGAAUCACCAAUCUGUUUGUGAAUUCAUUGGUACCAUUUGCCUCCAUGGUGCACAGAGCCAUCAGAAACCCCGAGGACCGCGAAGCAAGAGCCAACAUGCACCUGGCAAGUGCUUUUGCUGGUAUUGGCUUUGGCAAUGCUGGUGUUCAUCUCUGCCCCAUGGCCUUUCUGUGGUGCUGACAUCCCCAGCAGUGUUUGCUUUCACAGCACAGAUACAUCCUGAGAGGCAUUUAGAAGCUGCAGAGAUUCUAGGAGCUGACAUCCGCACUGCCAGAAUCAAAGAUGCGGGGCUUAUUUUGGCAGACACACUCCGGAAAUUCCUGUUUGAUCUGAAUGUUGAUGAUGGCUUAGCUGCAAUUGGUUAUUCCAAAGCAGACAUCCCUGCAUUAGUCAAAGGCACUCUGCCUCAGGAGAGAGUGACUAAACUAUCACCACGUCCCCAAACAGAAGAAGACUUAUCUGCUCUCUUCGAGGCUUCCAUGAAACUUUAUUAGCUUAAACAUGUUGUGGAAAGUGUGGUCUAUUCUAACACAGAGGUAGUUUCUCAUAGAUACGGGACUGAACUUGUUUAGAGCAUGGAAAAAUUUGGGUAACUUUGACUUCUGUUCCAUUGUACACUGCCAAAAGGUCACAUAAUUCAUCUUUAACUAAACACUGCUUUGAAGUGAGG